UGCGGGAGGCUGAGGCUCUUCGGCGGAUGUUUGGACCUAGCGUAAGGCGGUGGCCAAAGCGCCCCAGCUCCGAGCGUGGAUCUCUACAUCACUGACGAGCCGCAACACCACCAAACAACGUCGCCGCCCCAUCCCACACUUUCCUCUCUCACAUUCGACACUUCCAUCUGCAGUCUCUGCUUUACUUGGGAGCAAGUGAAUACCCCGAUAUCCAAUAAAUAUACACGACGACCCCGCCACCAUGUCUAGCGGAGAAGUGCUCAAGGCCGACAAGGACUUUACCAAGGAAGUCGAUGCGGCUAUUCCAGAGGCGGAGAAGCUAGCUUCUAGCAAUCCGCAAGCUGGCAUCGAUAAGCUGCUCACGCUCGAGAAGCAGACCCGCCAGGCCUCAGAUCUCGCCUCCACUUCCCGAAUCAUAAUCGCCAUCGUCACAAUAGCAAAGAAUGCGAAGGACUGGAACUUGAUGAAUGAGCAGGUCCUGCUCCUCUCCAAGAAGCAUGGACAGCUUAAGCAAGCCACCACCAAGAUGGUACAGACAGUCAUGGGGUUCCUAGAUGAGACACCCAACCUCGAGACAAAGCUAUCAGUCAUCGAGACACUACGGACAGUUACUGAGGGCAAGAUCUUUGUCGAAGUCGAACGCGCCCGAGUAACCCGCAUCCUGUCCAACAUCAAGAAGGAGCAAGGCGACAUCGACUCAGCGACAGACAUUCUGUGCGAGCUGCAAGUCGAGACGUUUGGCUCCAUGACCCGCCGCGAGAAGACGGAGUUCAUCCUACAACAAGUCGCGCUAUGUAUACAGAAGGGCGACUGGACACAGGCUGGUAUUCUGAGCAGGAAGAUCAGCACAAGGUAUUUUGCCCGGAGACCGAAGAAGACUCCCGAGCAGCUUGAGAAGGACCAGAAGGAGCGGGAGGAGAAGGAGAAGAACCGAAGCCCCGAGGACCCGCCCAUUGAGCCAGAGGACGAUGUAACGGAUCUGAAGCUCCAGUACUACGAGCAGCAGAUCACCUUGGCGAAGCACGACAACAAGUACCUGGACGUUUGCAAGCACUACCGACAAGUAUUGGACACCGAGGCUGUGGAGGAGGAUCCUAACAAGCUCCGAGCGAUCCUUCAGCGCGUCAUCUACUUUAUCAUCCUCUCGCCGUACGAUAACGAGCAGUCCGACCUCAUUCACCGUAUCCAGCGCGACUCUCGCAACUCUCAGAUCCCACAAGACGCACAAUUAGUUAAGCUCUUCACUGUGCCCGAGCUUAUGAGGUGGCCAAUGGUAGCUAAGCAGUUCGGACCUCACCUUACAGAGACGGACGUAUUCGACGCGGAGAAGGACGACUCGGACGACCCCAAGGCAUUCCAGAGAUGGCAAGAUCUCCGAAAGCGUGUUAUUGAGCACAACGUUCGCGUUGUCGCCAAGUACUACACGCGCAUCCAGAUCCCGCGUUUGACAGAGCUGUUGGAUCUCACCGAAGAUGAGACAGAGAAGAACAUUAGCGAGCUAGUGUCUGCGAAGACCAUCUACGCCAAGAUUGACCGACCUGCCCGGAUCGUCACGUUUUCGAAGCCUAGGGAUGCCGAUGAUGUGCUGAACGAGUGGAGCGGAAACAUGAAGAGCUUGCUGGGUCUUCUCGAGCGUGUUGAUCAUCUCAUCACCAAAGAGGAAAUGAUGGCGCGCAUCCAGCCUACCAAGGUGGACAAGAGCAAGGCGAUCAAGGGCAAGGCGAAAUAGGAGUCGCGAAGAUCCUCAGGUCUCCUCAAGACAUGCGUGCAAGACGGACUGCAUUUGGUUGUGUAAUGGCCUUGUGAACUAUAACGCUGAUGAUGAUGCAUGGAAGUGGGUAUGAUAGUCUACGAAUGGGCGCGUUUGCAAGCAGACCCUGAAGGUCGAGCUUGUACCGAUGCGCUGCCUGCGUUGGACAUGUCGCAUGGCUGACCUCGACACGCUACGAAAGAUAGAGUACCUGUGCAUUUGCCAUAGGAUAACAAAAUAAAUCAAAGCAAUAGCUACAACGAAGAC